CAUGCCCAGUCUAACCUUAGCAUCUUCGACACACCGCUGGAAGGGCAGACUAGGAGCACAGGAGGAAAAGAAGAGGAAUUCAGCCAAAUUUUAGCUGUUUUGUUUCCUGCUUGAACAAAACACAUUUAUCGAACAGCUACAGGGAAAUAACUGCAGAGCAGAACAGUCAUGGAAACCAAAUUUCUUCACUGAGAAAUCUAAGAAGUCAUUUUGUCUCCAGAAGACUCAGUUCCAAAUAAGAAAAGGAAUGGAAAAUACUAACACUGAAGAAAAUGAGAAAUCAAAGUUAUAUCAAAACGUUGACAACUGGACAAAAGAGCAAGUUAGACAAUGGGCUAUCAAAGAAGUUAAGAUUGACAAGAAGUAUGCAGAAAUUCUGUUUAACCAAGAUAUAGCUGGUUCUACUUUGAGACUGUUAACUAAAAAUGAUCUUGUAGAUAUGGGCAUAACUCAUGGGCCUGCUCUUCAAAUUAUUCAUGUCCUGAGACAGAAUAAUAUUCUACCUGACAGUUCAAACCAAGCUGUGAGACAAGAAGACACCAAACAUGAUCUUGAUGGCAAAGGAGAAGACGAAGAAAUUGCAAAGAAAGCAUGCAAGGAGAAAUACAGGUCAUUUAAUCCCAGUGUAUCACAGAAUUCUGAGACUGAGCCCCUAGAAGACAAAGUCGCAAAAACGUCAGAUGGCAAAAAGGAUGUAUCAGAGAAAUCACUGUCAAGCAACCAGCACCCAGCCAGAAAGACUUGUAUGCCACAUCCUUUUGAUAAUUUCAGUGAUGGUGCUCGAUAUACAUACCAUAAUAUUCUUAAUAUCCCUGAAACAGGACCGCUCAAUCUCAUCGACCCAGCACAUGAAUUCAAAUUACUCACCAACACAGAUAAGGCACAAGAAGAAAAUAUUAUGAUAAAAUUUAGCAAUGAAGUCUUUAGAUUUGCUUCAGCCUGCAUGAACUCUCGCACAAAUGGUACUAUCCAUUUUGGAGUUCGUGAUGAUCCACAUGGGGAAAUUGAAGGAAUAAAAGUUACCAACAAAGAAGCAUAUAUUGACCAUUUUAAUAAAUACAUUGGAAAGUACUUUCCUGAGAAGUACACUGAGAUUGCAAAAGCUUGCAUUAGACAACCUAGAUUUGUAGAAAUAUUAUUACAAAAUGGAACUCUAUCAGAUAACUUUGUCAUUGAAAUAGAUAUAGUUCCAAAACACUCCCUCUGUGAUACAAAAUAUUUCUCAACCCACACAUAUGAAUACAAAAGUAAGGGCUGGAACAAGGCUUUCUUCAUCCGGGAUGGAGCUAGUUCCAAAAAUAUCAUUCAAAAUUCAAAAGAACUAGAACUGUUUAAAUCUACCUUGACAUCUUUAGCAGAUUCUCGUAAAAACGCAGAGGCAGAAUAUAUCCUAAAGCAAAAGAAGAUAGGGAAUGAAGGACUAAAACUAGUUAGUCUGCUUACUGGUAACAGGGACUUGCUAGAAGACUCUUAUUAUGACUACUAUAUUUUAGUAACAAACAAGUGCCAUUCAAGUCAAAUGAUGCACUUAGACUUCUUGCAGGAAAUAAAAUGGUUUGCUGUGCUUGACUUCGAUUUUGAAUCAGAAAUGAACGGCGUAUGUAAAACCUACCAAAAAAAUCGAAAUGCCAAACUUUGCUUCCCAGAACAUUAUCAAAACAAGGAGGGUUCCAUUUCUGAACAAGCUGAAAAGCGAAAUCUGCAUCAGGAGACCAACUGGAUUUUCUGCAAUGGCAGAUCAGGCUUUGAAGGCAAUAAGCACCCACCACUAGAUCCUCCCUCAUGGCAACGAGACAGGGCUGCUGAUGUUAGAAAAUUAAUUUCAUUUCUUUCACACAAAGAUGUAAAACAGAGUGGGAAGUUUUUAAUAGUGUUUCUUUUGCUUUCCACAGUGGAAGAUUCAACGGAUCCCCUUACUGAGACAUUUAUUACAUUUUACCAAGAAUUAAAGGGACUAGAAGACAUGCUCUGCAUUUGCACUGGCCCAGGUACAUAUCAGCGAUGGAAAGAUCUUCUGCAUGCUAGAGGCAUUAGUGAGGAAGAGCUUUCAGCCAAAUGUGUUUCUAAUUUAACCCUAGAAAUGGUAAAUGGUACUAUCACAAAAUUAAAAUCAGUGACACAAUCUUCUGAAAGACUUCUACCCUCUGCUGGUGGUUCUACUGUUCUUCUAAAGAAGGAAGAAGACUCCAUGGCAGCAUUAGAAAUCCUUUGUGAAAAUGAAUGCAAAGACACAGAGAUAGAGAAGGAUGAAGAGCAAUUUAAAAAAUUCCUGAAAGAACGGGAAGAAGAUUUUUAUCGAGGUGGUAAAGUGUCAUGGUGGAAUUUUUACUUCUCUUCUGAAAAUUAUACCUCAGAUUUUAUCAGAAGGGACGGUUAUGAAAAGCUCAAACAGCUAGUUACGUCUUCAUCUAACAGUACUAACCAAUCACCUGUAAAAAUUAUCAACCUUUAUCACCACCCAGGCUGUGGUGGGACAACAUUAGCCAUGCACAUCCUCUGGGAUCUCCGGAAGCAAUUCAGAUGUGCUGUUCUGAAAAACAAAACAAAUGAUUUUGAAACACAGCUGACAACUUUAAUCACCUAUGGAGCAAACAACUCUACAGGCUAUACACCAGUGUUACUUCUUGUGGAUGAUUUUGAAGAGCAAGAAAACAUCUAUGUUCUGCAGAAAGAAAUUCAGAAAGCUAUAACAGAAAAACACAUUCACUGUGCAAAUCCUUUAGUGAUCAUUCUAAAUUGUAUGAGAUCUCAGAAUCCUGAUGAAAAUUCAACUAUCAAUUCCUUGAACAGUAUUUCUCUAAAACAUCUGCUUUCUCAAAAAGAGCAAAGGGCUUUUGAUCAGAAACUAAAAGACAUUGAAAAGCAGCAUUCAAAUCCUGACAAUUUCUAUUCAUUUAUGAUUAUGAAGAAAAACUUUGAUCCACAGUACAUUGAAACAGUGGUAAAAAAUACCUUGAAUAACUUGGAUACUACCACUAAACCAGCACAACUUAUUUACUAUUUAGCACUGUUAAACUCCUAUGUAAGUACAUCUACAGUUUCAAUAUCACUAUGUGAAGAAUUCUUAGGAAUUAAUUCUCAAGAGAUUGGCUGCAAUAAAGAUAAACUGAUAGAAAAGAUGGGAAUUUGUUCCAAUAUUCUAAAAUAUGCUCAGGUACAGGAAUGCAUGAGAUACAGAGGUCUGCGUAUCAUUCACCCCUUGAUAGCAUGUCGCUGUCUAACAGAAUUGAAACUAACCUAUGACUUGUCUAAAAGUGAAAUUGCUUUGCGGUUAUUGAAAGAGGAUUUAUUUUAUGAGACUUCAUUAAAGAAAGACAAGCUUAUUCGUGAUAUACAAACCAUGCUGAUUACUAGACAGCGUAAGGAGCAUGGUGAUGAGUCAGAUACAUUGUUUGCCCCAUUAAUUGAAGCCAUUCAUAAGGAAGAAGACUGUGCUAAAGUGGAAUAUGUGUUGAAACAAGGAUCCUCUAGAUUUACGCAAAAUAGUCUCAUUUGCCAAGCCUUAGCAAGAUACUUCUACAUUAAAGAAAAGAAUUUUGACUCUGCAUUGCACUGGGCCAAAGAAGCCAAAGAAAGAGCACCACACAAUUCAUACAUAUCAGAUACAUUAGGUCAAGUCUAUAAAAGUAAGCUAAGAUACUGGGUAGAACGCAAAACAAAAAGUGCAGACAUGACAGCUGAGGAACUGAAAUAUAUGCUGGAACUUGCUCAGAAUGCCUCACAAGCUUUCAGAGAAUCUCAGCAGCAAGCUGAAAAUGCAGACACUGAACCAAAUUUGCAGCAUCCAAAGCUUAAAAAAAGGUUUCACACAUACAAUACUGCUGGUUAUCAGGGAGAAAUAGAAACUUGUCUUUAUGUUAGUGAUGUACUUCAGCAUGUUCCUGUUUUCAGCAAAGACCAAUGGUGUAGAAAAAAUUUGGCAAUGUAUCUAUCAGGAAAUAGUCCUUUGAAGACAGAUACCCCUGCCACAGACAAUGAAAUGUUUGAGGCCCUUACACUUUAUUCCAGCUUUUUAAAUGUUUUGCAAUCACGUUUGAAAAGGGCAUUUGACUUUUUUGAAGACUACUUUGUCUUUUUCAAAACACAGACCAAUGAAAAAGAAAUUUUAGAAGCAAAAAUAUAUGAGAAGGUUCAAGAAUGUUUUACCAAAUACAUAAGAUUAUUUUGCGAUUCCAAUUUUGAGCAACUGAAAAAUGAACAGGUCUCAAAGUGGCCCUUGCCUCGGCGUAGGAAAGCAUACCGUGACAGUCUGGAGGCUUCUAAAGCAGACUCAUUUUCUGGACUUUUGGAAUACCUCCACAGAAAUCGCAGAAAUGCUCACACAGAACUAGAAGACAUAGUAGCUGCAUAUGAAUUUUUGUGUGAGGAGAAUUCAGAAGCAACUCUGAAAGAAAAACAGAAUUUGAUUUUGGCAAAUGUUGUUCUCAAGUGCAUUAAACCUAAAUCCACCAAGCUGUAUCUUUUUCAGGAGCUGAGAAAUCAACUUCGAAAUAUUCUACAGAAAGUGGAACUGACUUCACAGUGUGUAGAGCCUUUCUUCCUAGCCUCCUUGUUAUUCUGGCCUGAAAAUAGAAAACAACUAAAUGAAGAUUCCAGGAAAAUGGCAAGCUACAUUACACAUUUACAUGACUCUUUCAAAGAGCACUAUGGAACCCUGCGUCGUUCCAAGCUACCUCAGGCUCAUUUCUAUCUUGGGAAAGGCACUGGCCUGAACAGAUUUGUUCACAAAGGAAAAAUAGAUCAGUUCUUUCCUUCACUUUCAGAACAGCAAUUGAAUUCCCUCUGGCAGAGUGGAAAUAUCUGGAAGGAAAAGGCUGUUCAAAAUCUUUUGCUUCCUCUGGAUGGAAGAGCUGAGGGUAAGGUUAUCUAUGUAGACUAUGGCAGUAAUGAAAUCUUGAGGAUACCGGUGCAACCGGUUCCCUCAUGCCUGUUGAAAAAUGGCCCAAACAUAGAAAGAGUGUCUUUUUACCUUGGGUUUUCCAUCGCUGGUCUCCUGGCAUACAACACUGAAAGUCUGUCAUUAAAACAAUAGGUAUUCCAGUGUUGCUGCCAGAAGGCUUCUUUAGACAGAGCUGUCCUUAACAUUUUUUUGUCAACAAUUGCAAGUGACAACUUCUCGCUAUCCAUUAUAUUUCAUUCCUCAUUAUGUUAGUCUUUCAGUCCCAUGAAGAAUUGUCUCCCUACUAUCAUAAUCACUGUUUGGACAAUCAAUCAGACUGAAAUAUUAGUGCAGUUAUUUCUAUAAACUUGUCGGUACUGCUCAAAGUUCUUCUUUGGUUGAUGUAAACAUGAGAAACCAUUCAGAAAAGAAAAGAGAAUUCUGAAAAAUACUUUGAAAAUGCAAUGAUAAGGUGAAAUACCAUCUCUUUUAAGAACCUUGCUAUCUUGCUAGCUUUUUUGCCGCUAUUCCUAAGGAAGGAUACGUCACUAUCCUCAUGUUUCUGUGCAAGCAAUGGACCUAAAUUAAUAACCCAGUUGUACAUCUUGUGUGAGGACAGAAGCACUAGUCUUUUCCCUUCUCAGGGCAUUUCCAAAGGUGUGAGUACCAAAAAUACAGCAAUUUUCUGCUCUAUAGUAAAAACACACAUACCAGUUGGCAUUUGAAGCCAAUAUUAAAUAUAUUUUUUUCUUUUUUGGUGGGUCUGCUACUGCUUUAUAUAAAAUUGAUUGGGUCUUUCUUUUCAUUAUAAAUUCCAUGAGUACCAGCAAUAGAUUUCUUAUCAAGUUUGAUCCUUGCAAAUGCAUGCAAUUAAAAUCUUUAAAAUGGUCAUUGAUUGCAUGCAUUAACUUCCUCAUGUAUAGAAUUGCCUGCUGUGUUAAGACAAAAUUAAUGAUCCAAAAAAGUAAAAUAUAUUGGUUUGGAGCACCAGAAACAAGUCAGUACUAUCUGGGAGGUCAAAAUAACCAGAGGAGUUCAAUGCAAUAACCUACCUGAGUAGGCAGUAUCUUUGAUCAGCCCACCAGCCCUCUUAGUUCUUAGACUCAGGCAAGGCGGUAGGCAAAAUAAGUGACACAUCAGCAGAAGAUUAAUACAACCAAAUUGACAACAAGAAAAAAAAAUAAACUUGCAGACCACAGUUUACAUCUACAGUCAUGUGCAUGGAAGAAAAUCCUUCAUGCAAAUGACUGAGAUGCAUAUUGAGUCAUGAAAAUUCUUUUAUCAGUUGAAGUCUGUGCACAGACAGAUAACUCCAUCUGUAUGAGUAACUUCUUUCAUUAUUUUAGAUUCGAUUGCUUCAAGUGUUACUUGAGAGUAUGCUCUGGGAUAGGAUUAUGCAACAUAUUUAUUCUGCUAUAGUGCAGCUCUUUUAGUUGCAAAUAAGGAAAAGGAGGUUUAUUAUAUAAUCCAGACUGCUCUUUAACUCUAGCCAAAAUAUAUUUCUCUUGGUGACUACCUGUAACAGUGAGUUUCUCUCACUGACUCUACACGUCAUGUUAUCCUGUAUCCACUUUGUUUCUAACUUUGUUUUUAUUACAUAUAGCAUAUUAUAUGAACUUUUCAUAGUAAUUGAUUAUUUGUUAUACUUAGUUCUUAGGAUAUCGCUGUACAAUUUAACAAUCACUAAACUAUCUAUCUUUCCAAACAAAGUUUUACAGCAAGAAAUUUGCCAUGUCUUCAUGGCAAAUGAAGACUUUGGUCUCCAUUUCAGUCAGUCGCAUCUCUUCAGUCACAUCUAAGAAUUACAAGGGGUUUUUUGUGCUCAAACUCAGAUGAGCUGUAUAGUAUGGACGUUUAGUAAUAAACUGUAGGAUUUUGCAGAGUGUACUACAUGCUAGGCACUUCACUACAUGCCUGUGUGAAUUUACAGAAGUAUAGAUUUUAUUAUUUUUAUAUAUGUUUGUUAUAAAAUUGUAUUUUUAUCAGCAGUAGCUCAUUAAUACAAAUAUUUGAUAACAUCUUUAAUUGUGCAAAUUAUGAACUGUAUUUGAUGAUAUGUAUCACAUACAACAGCUGGUACAACUGUUUUUAACUAGUAUUUCCUAUUACUUUCCUUUACUUUGCAAGACCAUUUUCUUCUUGCUUCGUAACUCUGUUAAUCUUUGCAUUUUGAAAACUAAACUCUCCCAUGCCAAAUAUCUGCCUCAGAAUUAUUUUGUGUUAAUUAAAGCCAAAGGGCUCAGUAACUUCCAAGAGUGAGGUCUGGAAAAAAAUACGUCAUAUUGUCCAUGUUAAACAAUUCUACCAACUUUUUCCAGCCUACUCAGGCAUUCUUUUGAGUAGGGGUUUUACUCUGGUAGGAGAAAAAAGGUAGAGGUGAGGGGAAAUAUGUCUGCUUGAGCCUACUUUCACCAAGUUGUAAGGCCUGAAAAGACUGCCAUUUAUAUAUGGGCAUAUACAAACUUAGAUUUUAACAGCAGAGUUUAUACACACAAGGCAGUCCCAGAAGUUGCAGGUCUGGGCUGCAAACGGCCAGGUCCAAACUGAGAGCUCACCCUUGUGCUUUCAGUGCUGAGCCUUGAAACCUGGAGGAAAGAGCUUGAUUCAAAUGUACAGGAGCCAAAGCCAAGGUCUGCAAGAAGGUGGGAGGAAGGUGGGGAAGACCAAGAAGCUCAAUCUGGCUUUUGUGGAUCAUGGUAACAGUAUCUCAGCAGCUCCCUCUGGUGAGCAGCUAGGAUCUCCACUGCACCCAAGGAGCAUUUGCAGACUCUGAACUCCUAUGCUGGGGCAGGAGAUCUGAAAUCUGCUCCCAGAGGACUGCAAGGCACCCACAGUCUAGGGGCUGGAAGUUGAGGGCACUGAGGCUCCUUCUCUGUCUAAAUUCAGAGACAGAAGUACAGAACUUGACGGGACUUCACAACUAGUGACAGAGAGGAAAAUUUCUAUUAAGGAGAGCUUGAGGGAAACAGACUGGAGCAUGGCUGCUGGGAUUCAGGACUGGAGCAGUGACAGAGACUAUGUAGGUAAGGGGGAACAAGAACUGAGAAAUAGGUAGCAGAAGGAGACAGAUCAGGUGAACCAUGAUGCUCAAGGGGAGAGAUGGAACAAAAAAGCACACAAAGAAUAG